AUGAGAAUUAAGAAGAAGAACACCAGAGGUAACGCAAGGAACUUCAUUACCAGAUCUCAAGCUGUGAGAAAAUUGCAAGUUUCUCUUGCUGAUUUCAGAAGAUUAUGUAUAUUCAAAGGUAUCUAUCCUAGAGAGCCAAGAAAUAAGAAGAAGGCAAACAAGGGCUCUACUGCACCAACCACUUUUUACUAUGCUAAAGAUAUUCAAUAUUUAAUGCAUGAGCCUGUCUUGGCUAAGUUUAGAGAACACAAGACUUUUGCUAGGAAACUAACAAGGGCUUUGGGUAGAGGUGAGGUCUCUUCUGCUAAAAGGUUGGAGGAAAACAGGGAUACUUAUACUUUAGAUCAUAUCAUCAAGGAGCGUUACCCAAGUUUCCCAGAUGCUCUAAGGGAUAUUGAUGAUGCUUUGAAUAUGUUAUUUCUUUUCUCUAAUUUGCCCUCUACCAACCAAGUCUCAUCGAAAAUUAUCAAUGAUGCUCAGAAAAUCUGUAACCAAUGGUUAGCCUAUGUUGCCAAGGAACGUUUAGUUCGUAAAGUUUUCGUAUCCAUCAAAGGUGUCUACUAUCAAGCCAAUAUAAAAGGUGAAGAAGUUAGAUGGUUAGUUCCAUUCAAGUUUCCAGAAAAUAUCCCAAGUGAUGUUGAUUUUAGAAUCAUGUUGACCUUCUUAGAAUUUUAUUCGACUCUAUUGCAUUUCGUUCUAUAUAAAUUAUACACCGAUAGUGGGUUGAUUUAUCCGCCAAAAUUGGAUCUGAAGAAGGAUAAAAUCAUAAGCGGUUUGUCGUCAUAUAUCUUGGAAUCCAGACAAGAAGACAGUCUACUAAAACAUGACCCAACUGAGAUGGAGGAAGACGUACAGGUUGAAAGUUUGGACGCAUCGACAUUGAAGUCAGCCUUGAAUGCCGAUGAGGCAAACACUGAUGAGACAAAAAAGGAUGAAGAAGAGGAAAAGGAACAAGGGCUGGACCAAGAAAAAGAACUAAAUGAGGAAACGGAACUAGAUACUUUUGAGGAUAACAAUAAGAACAAGGGUGAUAUCUUGAUACAACCAAGUAAGUAUGAUUCGCCAGUAGCUUCUUUGUUUUCUGAUUUUGCUUUUUAUGUCAGUAGAGAAGUUCCGAUCGAUAUUCUUGAGUUUUUGAUCCUAUCUUGUGGUGGUAAUGUCAUCAGUGAAGCCACCUUGGACCAAAUUGAGAAUAAGAAAGAUAUUGACAUAUCUAAGGUUACUCAUCAAAUUGUUGACAGACCAGUAUUAAAAAACAAGGUUGCCGGUAGAACAUAUAUUCAGCCACAAUGGGUAUUUGACUGUAUUAAUAAAGGCGAAUUGGUACCUGCCAACAAGUAUCUUCCAGGUGAAGCUCUUCCACCUCAUUUAAGCCCAUGGGGUGACGCUAUUGGUUACGAUCCAACUGCUCCGGUGGAAGAUGGUGAAGAAGAAGAAAGUGAAAGUGAAAGCGAAGGUCAAGUUGAAGAGGAAGAUCAAGAAGUUGUUGCUGGAGAAGAUGAUGAAGAUGACGAUGAUGAAGAACUAAAAGCUCAAAAAGAGCUGGAAUUGGAAGCACAAGGUAUCAAAUAUUCCGAGACUUCUGAAGCCGAUAAGGAUGUUACUAAAUCAAAGAACAAAAAGAGAAAAGUCGACGAAGAGGAAGAAGAAAAGAAAUUGAAAAUGAUAAUGAUGAGUAACAAACAAAAGAAACUCUACAAAAAGAUGAAGUAUUCUAACGCUAAAAAGGAGGAACAAGCUGAGAACUUAAAAAAGAAAAAAAAGCAAAUUGCCAAACAAAAAGCUAAGUUGAGUAAGCUAAAUUCCAAGAAAUAG